AAAGCCUAUCACAAAGGCAUUUGUCAAGAGAUCAUAACAUUAAUGACUAAUGGUUAUAAAACAACAGCUUCCUUCAGAAUGAGGAUAAAUUUAUUGAGGCCAUCUUAACUGUGCAAAAUUGAGUCAAUGACAAAAACAAGUACAGUCGAAACUCGAUAUCUCAAACUCGCUUACCUCGAAAUUCCGCUUAAGUCGAAGAAAUUUUCAAGUCCCUUCAAAUUUCCUUCUUUAUAUAUGUAAUUCAACUCCGGUUACGUCCAAAUUUGACUUACCGAGACUCCGAAUGUGUCGAAAGGGAUUUUCAGAUCCGUCAGUAAAAUUCAAGUGCAUUGUAAACUCGGUAAGUCGAAUUGAGGAAAAUACGCAAUAAAAUUUCACACAUCUCUUUGUGAAUGUGGUUGGUUUUUCACACAUGUCCAUGUUAUUGCCUAACCAGAGAGCGGCGAUGCCAACAUAUCAAAGGUGCGGCGAUAAACAAAGUGAGAUGAUGAUAUACUUGUUUGCACGUGCCAUAAUUAUAAUUGUUAGAUGUAAACAUUAGAUUUCUUAAUCAGCGGUCAUUUGUUUUUGAGACGUUAUGAAAAUUGCUUUUAAUUUAAACUAAUGAAUUAAUUAGUUUGAACAGCUAGGAUCUUUGAUAAGGAUUAAUUAGAGGUAAUUGCGAUGUUAAUGUAUAAAAAUUAACUCCUUGGGGGAAUGUAUCAUUCGUUCAAAAUGUCAGAUCGAAAUGCUGUCAAUCCUCAGGGAGAGAAACGUGGUACAAAACGAAACUUUGCUCAAAAACAUUUGAGGUUAGUAUCAUUUUCAUUCUUCAAAAAAGUGAAAACUUUAGUAAACACAAACUGUACGGAAUCGUGUACGUGUAUAGUGCCUAAAGCGUAUACACAGCAUCACGGAAACAGCGUUUAUUUUUUAUUAAAAUUUCUCGUAACUAAACCAACUUUUUUCAUCAUUUCGUCCAUACGUCGCUUCUCAUAUCUCGAAUUUCGGUUAUCUCGAAAUAAAAGGCACGGUCCCUUGAAAUUCGAGAUAUCGAGUUUCGACUGUACUUUAUAAUUGCAAAAACUUAAAAAGGAGGAAAAUUUCUCAAGGAGUUUUCAAGGAUAACUUAACCACACAAUUACUGAAGCUAUAAUUUUUCUCUUGUAUCAAAAUGGUCUUCAAAGUUCUGAAAUAGAUCUUAAUAAUGAGAGAAACCAAUUAAUCUAAAAUAAUCAUGGAUCUACUCGCUUAUAUUGGAUUAUUGGUUUACAAUUCUGUAUGUGUUGCUGCUGAAAUGAAUAUUAUAAAUGAUGGCUGUGUACAAACUGGACAAGCUAUACACUGUGACAUCAUUCCUGAACAAAUACCUGACAAUGUGACACAAGUUUUCCUACAAGCAAUACAAACUGUCAGGGUUAUGACUGCUGAGAAUUUGAAUGGAAGUAAUUGGGAAAAUAUAAAAUUCUUGCAAAUUUUUGAUGCCACUAGCACGAAAAACAGAAACUCUUUAGAAGUAAUAGGAACUUAUGCUAUGACUAAACUUUGGUUGCUGGAAGAACUACAAAUUGUUUCUGUACAAUUGAGAAUAUUAUAUCGAAAUUCAUUUGCUGGACUGAAAAAUCUUAAAAUAUUAAACUUUACUGGCUGUGAACUAUUACGUAUGUCAUAUAUAACCAAGUCCAUCUCUGGUGUCAAUACCUUGCCAAUGCUGGAAGUGUUUUCAAUGUCAUUUGUAAGCUCACAAUAUGGUGUCGACUUGGACGAGGAAUUCUUUAAAGCUCUUGCCCCAAAGCCAAUAAAACUACUUGAUAUGCAUCAAAUUGAAAUCAAUAAUAAAAUAGAGCACCAAAGAUACCUUAAAGGAAUUACUGAUACUUUAGAAUAUUUAAAUGUUUCAAAGACAAACUGGCCACAAAAAAUAUUUGGAAACUGGGAUUUCAAUGUACGAUUUGACAAGCUGAAACUUCUAAAUGCCAGUUAUACAUCAACAUCUUUUGUAUCUUUAUCAAAAUAUUUACCACUUAUCAUGAGAAAUACAUACGAAUUAACUAUACAACGCAUGACAAUGGCAUCAAAUGUAGAAACGGUGGAUGUAUCUGGGAUAAAUGAUCAGAAUUACCGUGCUGAAUUUCAUAAUCUUACAGUUCAUCUUGUGGGCACUGGAUAUUCAGAAUGGAGGAUGAAAAACAUAAUUUUAAAAAAUAACAAACUGAAACAUUUAGAUAUAACAUUCCCAUGUUACAAGUCAAAUUUGGAAAGUUUGGAUUUUUCUCUUAAUGAAAUUGAAUUUCUGCAACCAAAGCUCUGCCCAUGCUGCUAUAAUCUUCAAGAAAUCAAUCUCUCAAACAAUAAACUUUUCAAAAUGGCCAACAGGAAUUACUCUCUAUUUGCACAGCUGAUUGUUUCCUAUCCAAACCUCAAAAGGCUUAAGCUUUCUUCAAAUCAACUGACUAGAAUUCCAAAGGAAAUGUUUCAAAGAAACAAGAAUUUAGAAACAAUUGACUUAUCCGAUAAUCUCCUCCAACAGAUCACAUUCAAUCUCAACAAUCUUAGUAAUUUGAAAGUACUCGACCUAAGAAACAACAGAAUCUCAGUCUUGGAUCAAAACUCAAUGAAGAUCCUGAAUUCACUGCUUGUGACCAACAACCUAUUUCAAAACAUCUCUGGAAUUCUUCAAAUAGCCAACAACCCAUUCUCAUGCUCUGAAUGUGGCACUUUAGCCUCAAUAAAAUGGCUUUCAACGACAACUCAUAUGCAAGGGGACAUAACCUGCAAGAAUCCUCAAGGAAAUUUCAUCCCUGUUGACCAUAAUGCUGCGACUUUUGUACAAGAAGAAUGUGACAGACCAAUUCGCAUAAGAAAUACAAUACUGUUGUCUGUGCUGUUACCAAUAUCAACUAUAACAUUUACCAUUCUUAGCCUGUAUAAAUGGCAGAAGUAUCAGCAACAGAAACAUUACAAGAAGAACAUGGAGGAAAAACUUCAACAAAUUCAAAACAACAAACUUGAGACAAAAUAUCUUGUGUUCCUAUCAUUCAGUAGUUUUGAUUACAACUUUCUUUACAACAAUGUUUAUGAACCGCUUAAACAUCAUUUACAAGAAAAAACAGGAACUGACAGAGAUCUGAUCUGUUUCGGUGAUAAAAACUUCCAAUUAGGAAAACCAAUCAAUGAUGAAAUGGUUCUUUGUCUUCAAGAAUCGGCUAUUGUGAUGUUACUCCUUUCUCGUAAUUUUUGUCACAGUGAAUUCUGCAGAAUGGAGUUUGAUAUGGCCCUCCUUAUGAAGAAACCAUUCAUUCUCAUGAUGAAAGAGGAACUAGAUGAAAAAGAAAUGGUACCCAGCUUGCAACAGCUCUUUAAAAGAAACACAAGAUUAUUAUGGGAAAGACAGGGGAAUAGUUUUUACCUUAGGACAUCCUGGGAUAAUGUGUGUAACUCAAUUUUAGAUCUAGUUCCAUAACUGAAAACAAUUUACUCUGAGCUUGAAUUUUGAGACAAAUGCGAACUGCAGUUAUGACAAACAAGAGGGUCAUGAUGACCCUGGAUCGCUCACCAGAGUAAUAUGAGCUACAUGUUUCAAAUGUCAAACUGAUGAUUUUUAGAAAUUUUUUGGAAGAUUUUCCGAUGUCAAUCAAGUAACCCCUGGGGCGGGGCCAAUUUUACCCCGGGGGUCAUGAUUUGAAUAAAGUUUGUAGAAGUCUACUUGGCAAUGUUACCUAUCAAAUAUCUAAGAUCUAGGCCUUCUGGUUUAUUUUUAGCAAAUUUAUGAAGAUUUCCCUAUGUACAAUCAAGUAACCCCUGGACCUGGGUCAAUAUGACCCUGGGUGGGGGGGGUGGGUCAAGAUUUGAAUAAAUUUUGUAGAGAUCCACUAGGCAAUGCUACAUGUCAAAUAUCUAAGCUCUAUGCCUUCUGGUUUAUUUUUAGAAAAUUUUGAAGAUUUUUCUAUGUACAAUCAAGUAACCCCAUGGGGCGGGGUCAAUUUGAACCAGGGGGUCAUGAUUUGAACAAAUUUUGUAGAAGUCUACUAGGCAAUGCUACAUGUCAAAUAUCUAAGAUCUAGGCCUUCUGGUUUAUUUUUAGAAAUUUUUUGAAGAUUUUCCUAUGUAAAAUCAAGUGACCCUGGGGCAGGGGUCAUGAUUUGAGCAAAUUUUGUAGAGGUCCACUAGGCAAUAUUACAUGUCAAAUAUCUAAGCUCUAGGCCUUCUGGUUUAUUUUUAGAAAUUUUUUAAGAUUUUCCUAUAGAAAUCUAUGUAAAAUCAAGUGACCCCAAGGGCAGGGUCAAUUUUGACCCCGGGGUCAUGAUUUGAACAAGUUUUGUAGAGGUCCACUAGGCAAUGCUACAUGUCAAAUAUCUAAGCUCUAGGGCUUCUGGUUUUUGAGAAGAAGAUUUUUUAAGAUUUUCCUAUGUAAAAUCAAGUGACCCCUGGGGCGGGGUCAAUUUUGACCCCGGGGUCAUGAUUUGAACAAACUUGGUAGAGGUCCACUAGGCAAUGCUUCACACCAAAUAUCUAAGCUCUAGGCUUCUGGUUUUUGAGAAGAAGAUUUUUAAAGUUUUUCCUUUCAGUUGCCAUGGCAACCAGAGUUCUGCAUGGAAUUCUUUGAAUAAUGUUUGUAGAGCUUCACCCAAGGAACAUUCCUGUGAAGUUUGGAUGAAAUUGGCCUAGCGGUUUAUGUCGUUUAAAGCAAAAGUUUACGAACGACGGACAACGGACGCCGGACGGUGAGUGAUCCUAAUAGCUCCCCCUGAGCCUUUGGCUCUGGUGAGCUAAAAACUAAAACAUGUGACUGUCAUUUUUAUAAUCAACAUUUGUUUAUAUUGUGUCUGUGUUUAUCUAAUGAAAUGGUUAUUUGCUAUAAAAGUCUUCACCAGGAGGAACAAUCUCCAUAACUCUGAUUUGAAUUUUGACAGAGUUAUGUCAAUUUUCAAGUUAGAAUUUCUUGACUACAGUAUUAUAAAGUUUUCACUGGCAAAACUCUAAUUCAGAGUCAAGCACUAAUAAAGGUCGAGUGCGCUGUCUUACAGACAGUUUUUGUAUUAAAUUUUAAUAGAAUUUUAGAUUCUGAAUAUGUUCUUAAUAUGUAUGGAUGUUUUUAAUGUUGUAUACAGUCUCUUACAAAUCAAAUUUGAUUGGUACUAUACUUUGUUUGUAACUCUAUUAUUUGUGUUUGUAUUGUUUGUCAUGUAUAGUAAUGAGACUCUAAAAAAGAUAUAUAUAUGAGCCGCACCAUUAGAAAGCCAACAUAGUGCAUUUGCAACCAGCAUGGAUCCAGACCAAUCUGCGCAUCCGCACAGUCUGGUCAGGAUCCAUGCUGUUCGCUAACAGUUUCUCUAAUUGCAAUAGGCUUUGAAAGCGAACAGUAUGGAUCCUGACCAGACUGAGUAGAUGCGCAGGCUGGUCUGGAUCCAUGCUGGUCGCAAACGCAUUAUGUUGGUUUUCUCAUGGCGUGGCUCAUAUAUUAUCUGAAUGCCACAAAUAAGCAUAAUAAGCUUCCUUGCUAUGUUUAAUAAUAAUACUUUUCCUAUU